AUGCCCGGAAUAGUGCCGGAUGGUAACUAUAAUAAAGCAAUCACUGGUCAGUCGUGUGACCCGAUGUCGAGAAACAACCUCCGGUUCUGUCGUCCAAUACCUGAUUGUUAUGCAAAUUGUGGUCAACUCUGCAGUGAAUGUAAUGUCAACCAAGAAAUCAAAAUCAAACUCUUGUCUGAAUUCAUGCCAUUUAAUGAAACCAAAUAUAAGGAAGAACUCGAAGAAUAUAAAAGACAUUUGGAAAGUGAAUACAAAUUAUGUGCUAAUUGUGAGACAACUGUGAAGAAUAUUCUUUUGAAACCAAUCAACUGUUUGAAAGACAUUAUCAAAGGUAUCACCAAAAGGCAUGUGAGGGUCAGCCAAGACUCCGUGGAUUCGGUGUUUGUUUCACAAAAUGACAGACGACUCAAGAAGUGGUUGCCAUUUAUAGCGACUACGCAAUCGUUUGAGAAAGCAAUCAAUAAUGGAUUGAAAGGAGUUCCCAAUAGAGUUCAAGUGAAGAAUCCUAAAGAAGUGAAUAUUAAAUCAAAGGAUACCAGUGCUGACCACCAGUCCAUUGGUGAACAGAUUAAAUCGCUGUCCAUUGGCGAUGAAAUCAAUGCGAGUUCUCUUAAAGUGAAUGCAAUCCAAAGACAUCCCAUGAGGAAUGAAUUGCUGCCAAAAGCGGAUGAUUUAUCGGCUAAUUCUGCGCUCAUUUAUGGCAAUAGUCUGUCGAAGAAUAUUAUAAAUCCGGCGAAAUUCCAUUACGAGUCGAUCGCACAGACCUCUUGGGUCUCACCAUUUAAGCCAAACCAAAGUCCGUCCAAAAGUCCGCGCAAAGAGUGCUUAAAUUAUUCGCCAUAUCUUCACAACAGUCAACAGUAUCUCAGAUCUUCGCAUUGGAUUAAUAACGAUAUGUCAGGUCUGGUAACACCACCGCCUUCUGUCGCCCCUUCCGAUACCAGUGACUUCGCGUUUGCCAAUCGAUUCUCUUUACUCAACAAAACCAACUGUUCCUCAACUCAUGUGUUGGACUAUAAGAGUCGAGACUUUAACGCUUCCAAUGAGUCUAUUCUCAGGAAUACUAUUAUUAGUCAGCAAUUCAUUAGACGUGAAUCCAUUGGAAGAAGUAGUAAAGACACGGACAGUGAUCUGAGUCAAUGUAUCACCAAAAAAGAGUCAAUAAUUUUAGAGCUUCUGUUCGUCAUCCCCGACACAAAACCUAAGAGGCAUUCGUUUGAUACCUGUCUCACAGUUUUCGUACAACAUUUUGCAGUGAUUUAG